CGCGUACCUUUCACUGAUGCUGAACAUCUGCACCAAAUUCAGGAACCAUGUGACGGUUCGGGCAUGAUCGUCGACCUGUGCUCAGCCGCCUGUUUAGACCAUUUUCAGGGUCUCGGAGUUAUCGAAGCUUUUGGCCGCCAGAUCAAAUGCAAUGAGCGACGAACAGUCUGACACUGACAGAUGGGUCGAAGGCGGUGGAUGCGCGCCUGGCAGGCAGUGGCUUGCCGCUCCCUACCUUGGGGCCUGGGCGCACGCAGCCAUCGGGAAAUGUUCCGACGGUCGACAAGCCUCGGCUCACGAUCGUGACUCGACUCAAACUCAACGGUCCUGUACAACUUUCUGCAUGAGACCUGGGGCAAUUAACGCACGUCGCAGCAUGCCCCACACGCUGGAUGCUGCACAUGUGCUUAUGCUUCUCUGUGCUAUAAUAGUUCGCACGCACCGCUCGUUCGGUCAUCCAAAUGAUACCGGCACCGCCAUCAUCCAUGCGGCCGCACGCUCCUGUUUUCCCUGUUUCGCCAUGCAGGUCUCGCCGACUCGGCUAGACAACCUUGCUGGAAAACCUGGGGAAAGUGGGGAUCCCCAGCUCCGUCUGUUUCUGCGAUUGCGGGCGGCAGGUGUCAAGCUGCUCAAGCACGGUCUAGAUUUCUUGGUAUGCGGUGUGAUGAUGUCAAGCACCGAGAACGACGUAGAGGUGCUGUUUUUCUCGUUGAGGGCCUCGGCGACCGUGGUCUACAUGUAUCUCGCUCCCUCGAGACGUAUGCUGUUUAACGACUUGCUUUCUCGUUAAUUUUGGCUGAGCUGGUAUCAAUAUGUUGUCCAUGCGCUGGACUAAAAGAAUAAAAAAGGAUGAUCUGAUCCACGCUGUGGCCGCAAAGAAAAGGGCCGUCAAGUACUACCAUGUGGCAGGGACAUGUCCAUUGCAUACAAGUACGUACGUUAUCGUACGUACGUAAUGGACAUGAUGACG